GAAAGAUAAGAAGACAUGAUCAUCACUGAGCUCCACAAAGGACCAGGCCGUGUCCCACAUCGUGAGCAGAGGAGAACAAGGACUGAACAUGUCGUUGGACAGACGUGUUUCUCACACUGCGAGGCGGUCAAGCUUUCCUCUCCUCCAGGAGGGAGGAGGCGACAGCUGGGAGGGGUUUCCUGCAGACCCGUCUGCCCCUCCAUACAUGGCUGCAGGACUCCAGUGUUUGGAGCUCAGAGGACCGCAGCAGCAGACCGAGAGAAACCAGAGAUGGAAGGGAGGCGGGGUCUUCUGCUCGGCCUCAUGGUGGCGGUGUGUUUCUACUGCAACGCCGCUGACAAAACAGUCUGCACUCAAGAGGCUGUAGCCGACAUCGUCUUCAUGGUGGACGGGUCGUGGAGCAUCGGCGCUGAAAACUUCCAACAGAUCCGUCAGUUUCUGUCCACGCUGGUCAGCAGCUUCGACGUGGGGCCCGAGCAGGUCCGCAUCGGGCUGGUCCAGUACAGCACCACCCCGCGCAGUGAGUUCCUGCUCAACACCUAUCGGAGCAAAGAGGACAUCCUCCAGUACAUCAGCAGCUUUCCCUACAUGGGCGGCGGCACCCAGACGGGCCUGGGCCUGGACUUCAUGCUGAAGGAGCACUUUGUGGAGAAGGCCGGAAGCCGAGGGGGCCGGAGCGUGCCACAGAUCGCUGUGGUGAUCACCGACGGCAAGUCACAAGACGACGUCGAGUCCCACGCCCAAGACCUGAAGAGAAAGGGGAUCGUUUUGUAUGCGAUUGGUAUCAAAGAUGCGGAUGAAGACCAGUUGAUGGAGAUGGCCACGCAGCCUCACAGCCAGCACGUGUACAGCGUGUCUGACUUUGCAGCGCUGCAGGAGAUCUCUCAGAACAUCGUGCAGACGCUCCGCACCACGGUAGAGGAGGUCAAACGGCAACUCCUGCAACUGUCUCAAGAAUGUGCCAAAGCCACCGUGGCCGACAUCGUCUUCCUGGUGGACGGCUCCUCCAGCAUCGGAAUCGGUAACUUUCAGGAGAUCCGGCAGUUCCUCCGCAGCGUAGUCAACGGUCUGGACAUCGGACCCGACAAGGUUCGCAUCGGCUUGGCUCAGUACAGCGAUGAAGCCACCACCGAGUUCCUGCUGAAGGAUCACAUGGACAAGACGUCCCUGCUGGCUGCAGUGGACGCUCUUUCCUACCAGACCGGAGGCACGGAAACGGGCGAAGCCAUCACGUACCUCCAAGAGAACUAUUUCACAGAGGAGGCGGGGAGCCGAGCGAACCGACGGGUGCCUCAGAUUGCCGUGGUCAUCACGGACGGAGACUCCACGGACGAUGUGAUGGCGCCCGCCAAGAGCCUGCGGCAGCACGGGGUCAUCGUAUUCGGCAUCGGGGUGGGAGAAGCCAACCGGAAGGAGCUGGAGUCCAUUGCUAACCGGCCUCCAGAUCGCUUCCUGUCCUCCAUCGCGAACUACCAGGCUCUGAAGAUGCUGAAGGACCGUCUGCUGCACACUGUGUGCAUCUCUGUGGAGGACCAGAGGCAAGCCUUGGAGGAGCGGUUUGCAGACAUCUUCUUCCUGGUGGACAGUGGCAUGUCUCCGGCAGACUUCCAGCAGGUCAGGGCCCUCCUCACCCGACUGGUCAAUCAGAUGAACAUCGGAGCCUCCGCCUACCGUCUUGGCUUGGCCCAGUACGGUCCAGAUAUCAGGGUUGAAUUUCUUCUCAGUGCCAUCCAAACCAAAGAGGACACUCAGACCGCGGUCAAGCGUUUCCGCCAGCGCAGACUGCAGCCCGGCGAGCCUCGUAAACUGGGCAGCGCGUUGGAGUUUGCCAGCACAAACUUUUUCACCAGUGAGGCGGGGAGCCGGGCAGCCCAGGGCUACCGGCAGUUCCUCGUCGUUAUAAGUGGAAAAGACUCGGACGAUCCCAUGUAUAAGGAGUCCCGUCUGAUCAAGUCCUCCGGAGUCACCGUGGUGGGCAUGAGCCUCGGUGCGUCCAUGCAGGAGAUGCGCGUCGUUGCCACUGCGCCGCACACCUACCAGUCCAUCGCCACUGUACCCGCUCUCAGGGCCAUCUUUGAAAGAGAGGAGAUGGAGACCAUCCUCACUGGAGAUUGCAAAGCAGCCAAAGUGGCCGACAUCGUGUUCAUCGUCGAUGAGUCUGGAAGCAUCGGGACCCCCAACUUCCAGCUGGUGCGGACUUUCCUCCACUCGGUUGUGAACGGCCUGGAAGUCAGUCCCUCUCGAGUCCGAGUGGGCAUCGUCACGUACAACGAGAAGUCCACAGCGCAGGUCUACCUCAACACCUUCAACGACAAGAAGGAGCUGCUGAAGUUCAUCAAGAUUCUGCCUUAUCGUGGCGGCGGUACGAACACUGGGAAGGCCCUCGAGUUUGCCCUGAAAGAGGUUUUCAUCGCGCAGAGAGGGAGCAGGCGAGCAAAGGGUGUCCAGCAGGUGGCGGUGGUGAUCACAGACGGUGAAUCCCAAGACAACGUGAGCACAGCAGCAGCUAACCUUCGAAGAGAUGGAAUCACGGUUUACGCAGUCGGGGUCAAAGAUGCCAACGACGCCCAGCUGGUGGAGAUGGCGUCUCAUCCGCCCCAUAAGCACAAGUUCAUCGUGGAUAGUUUUGCCAAACUGAAAUCACUCGAGCAGAGCUUGCAGAAAAUGCUGUGCCAUAACAUCCUUCGGAAAGCGGUCUCACUCAGUACAAGAAGAACCGGCAUCAAAGAAGGCUGUGUACAAAUGGACGAGGCGGACAUCUUCUUCCUGAUUGAUCACUCGGGGAGUAUUUACCCCAAAGACUUUAAAGACAUGAAGAUGUUCAUUACUGAGUUCCUACAUACCUUCCGUAUUGGGUCACAACAUGUCCGCAUGGGGGUUGUAAAAUACGCAGAUUCGCCAGAUUUAGAAUUUGAUCUGACGGAGUACACCGAUGCAAAGACUUUGGAGAAGGCUGUCGAGGGCAUUAGACAGAUAGGAGGUGGGACCGAGACCGGAAGAGCUCUCGAGUUCAUGGGCCCGCACUUUGCUAGAGCCAUGGUAACUCGUGGUCACAAGGUCCCGGAGUACCUAGUGGUCAUCACUGAUGGCAAAUCCUCCGAUGAGGUCAAGGUUCCCGCAGAGAAACUGAGGGCGCAGGGCGUCAUCGUCUACGCCAUCGGGGUGAAGAAUGCCGAUGCUGUUGAGUUGGGAGAGAUCUCCGGUGACCCCAAGAGGACUUUCUUUGUCAAUAACUUUGAUGCUUUGAGGCCCAUCAAGGACGACAUCAUCACAGACAUCUGUUCUCAAGACGCUUGCAAAGACACACCGGGCGACCUCCUUUUCUUGAUUGACAGUUCUGGGAGCAUCUUUCCACAAGACUACCAGAAAAUGAAAGACUUCAUGAAAUCUGUCAUGGGCAAGUCCCUCAUUGGGCAGAACCAGGUCCACGUCGGUGUCAUGCAGUUCAGCACCGUCCAACAACUGGCCUUCCCCCUCAACCUCUACUACAGCAAGGAAGACAUGUCCAAGGCCAUUGAUGACAUGCAGCAGGUUGGUGGAGGCACGCUCACAGGUGGAGCCAUUACUGACGUGUCACAGUACUUUGAUGCAUCCAAAGGAGGGCGUCCUGGCAUGAGGCAGAGGCUGGUUGUGAUAACAGACGGGGAGGCCCAAGACCAGGUCAAAGGCCCAGCCGAGGAUCUGAGGGCCAAGGGAGUGUUGGUCUAUGCCAUCGGAGUGGUGGACGCCAACACCACCCAACUCCUGGAGAUCAGCGGCUCACCAGACAGGACGUAUGUUGAGAGGAACUUUGAUGCUCUGAAGGACUUGGAGAGCCAGGUGGCCAUGGAGCUCUGUGACCCAGAGAGAGAGUGUAAGAAGACUGAACGAGCUGACAUCAUUUUCCUGGUUGACGGCUCUACGAGCAUAACCCUGAGCAAAUUCAGAAGCAUGCAGAAGUUCAUGGGGUCAAUGGUGAACCAGACCACCGUGGGCAAGGACCUGACUCGCUUCGGGGUCAUUCUUUACUCCAACGAGCCCAAAUCGGUUUUCACUCUGAAAACGUACAACUCCAAACGAGAGGUUCUUAAGGCCAUUUCCGCACUGAAGUCCCCGUAUGGAGACACCUACACCGGCAGGGCGUUGGCAUACUCUCUAGAGUUCUUCAGCGAUGCUCAUGGUGGCCGGGCGGCUCUUCAGGUGCCACAGAUUCUUGUGGUGAUCACAGACGGUGAUGCUACUGACCGGAACAGUCUGCUCCCUCCAUCCGUGGCGCUGCAGGACAAAGGGAUCAGUGUCUUCAGUAUCGGAGUGGAAGGAGCCAACCGGACACAGCUGGAGAUCAUGUCUGGUCACGACACGUCCAGAGUUUUCUACGUGGAUAACUUUGAUGCCCUGGAAACGCUGUACACCAAUAUUUCUCAUGUCCUCUGCAAUUCCACCAAACCAGUUUGUGAGAAGCAGCAGGCGGACCUGGUCUUCCUCAUCGACCAGUCUGGCAGCAUCGGCCCAAAUGACUACGACACCAUGAAGCAGUUCACCACCAGCCUGGUGAACAGCUUCAAAGUCAGUGAGACCUUGGUGCGGGUAGGACUCGCCCAGUUCAGCAGCACUUUCCAGAAAGAGUUUUACCUCAACGAGUUUUACAGCGAGCCGGUCGUGACUAAGCACAUCGUGGACAUGGAGCAGCUGGGAGGAGGCACCAACAUCGGCCUGGCCCUGGAUUCCAUCAGGGAAUAUUUUGAGGCAUCGCGGGGCAGCCGGAGAUCCGAAGGGAUCUCACAGAAUCUGGUGCUGAUCACAGACGGAGAGUCGCAGGAUGACGUGGAGGAGGCGGCGGACCGUCUCAGGGCUCUGGGGAUCGAGGUGUUUGCCAUCGGCAUCGGACACGUCCACGACCUGGAGCUGCUGCAGAUCACGGGCAUGGCGGAGAGGUUGUUCACUGUGCACAACUUCGGCGGCCUGGAAAAGAUCAAACAGAAGGUGGUCGAUACAAUCUGCAAAUCUAAACCCAUCAAAGACUCCAGUGCCUGCAGCAUCGACGUCGCCAUCGGAUUCGACAUCUCUCGUGAAAACAGAGCUCCUGGCGAGAUGCUGGUCAGCGGCCACGCCAAGCUGGAGGCCUUCCUGCCCGAGGUCGCCCGCUACGUCUCUUCAGUUCCAGGUCUGUGCUGCGUCGGUCCGGAACCCGUGAAGACCAACAUCGCCUACAAAGUGGUGGCACGAGACGGACGCUCCCUCUACGACUUCAACUUUGAACCGCACAGCAAAGACGUGGUGAAUAAGGUCAUGACCUCGAACAUGGCAGAGCCCACUUACUUCAACGCUGACCUGCUGAAGGCCUUCAGGAAGACCUUCAGCACCCAGUCCCACGCUGGCGUGAAGGUUCUGGUGAUCUUCUCAGACGGACUGGAUGAGGACGUGAUGGCACUGGAGCAGGAAGCAGAGCUCCUGCGGCAGUCUGGGGUCAGCGCUCUGCUGACGGUGGCCCUGGAAGGGGCCCGAGACCCAGCCCAGCUGCAGAUGGUGGAGUUUGGACGAGGAUUCGGCUACAAGCUCCCGCUCAGCAUCGGCAUGGGCAGCGUGGGCAGCAGCCUGCUGCAGCAGAUCGACGCCGUGGCGGACCGUGAGUGCUGUAACGUCGUGUGCAAAUGUUCCGGCCCUGAAGGCACCCGGGGCUCCCGGGGGCCCCCGGGGUCAAAGGGCCCUCCUGGACACAAAGGAGUCCCCGGGUUCCCCGGAGACGAGGGCGGCGCUGGGGAGCGUGGUGGUCCUGGACCGUCUGGACCUCAGGGGGUCCAGGGUUGUUCUGGGCUCAGAGGACCGAAGGGCUAUCGAGGUCUCCGUGGUAACAGGGGAGAACAAGGAGAGGACGGGCUAGACGGGAUCGACGGAGAACGGGGGCGGACUGGAACAGAUGGAGGUCGAGGACCAAGAGGAGACCCAGGAAACCCAGGCAUCCCGGGGAUCCGAGGGGAGGCGGGUCUGGCAGGACAGCGAGGACUCCGAGGAGAUCCGGGGGAACCGGGGGCUGAUGACACCAGACCAGGAGCCAAAGGAGACCCGGGGAACGCAGGUCUACCGGGAACACCAGGACAGGACGGGCGUCCAGGGGAAGGAGGACUCCUCGGAAACCCGGGUCCAGAUGGAAGAAGAGGAGCCCUCGGUGGGAAGGGGGCACCUGGAGAACCAGGAGUUCUAGGACUCCAGGGCAGCCCCGGUGCUUCAGGUCCUCAGGGUACCAGUGGGCUGAGAGGUCAACCUGGGCCAAGAGGGGUCACUGGACUCCCUGGACCUCAGGGAGGACCAGGAUCAAGUGGAGCUCCAGGAUCAGCCGGAAGAUGUGGAGCUAAUGGACAAAAGGGCCAACCAGGGGAUCCAGGUGAUAAAGGUGUUCCAGGAUCAAAGGGACCCAGAGGAAUGGCGGGUGAGGACGGAAAGGACGGCCAUGGAGCUGCAGGACUUCAGGGAGUUCGGGGAGAUCCUGGUUUCCCUGGAUACCCGGGUCUACUGGGGGAAAACGGCCUGCAGGGACCGACUGGACAACCGGGACGCAAAGGGAACCGAGGCCGAGGCGGAAACUCAGGCCGGCCGGGAGAAUCGGGCGUGUCAGGAGAACCCGGAUAUCGAGGUCACAGGGGUCCCAGAGGUCUUCCUGGAGGAAAAGGCAUGACUGAGUGUCAGCUGAUCACCUCCAUCAGAGACAACUGUGCGUGUUCCCCCGGUCCGUCCGAGUGCCCGGCCUUCCCCACCGAGCUGGUGCUGGGUCUGGACAUGUCGGAGGACGUGACCCCGGCGGCCUUCGAGCGGCAGCGCUCCGUCCUGCUGUCGCUGCUGGAGAGCAUCUCCGUGUCCGAGAGCAACUGCCCGACGGGCGCCCGUGUGGCGGUCGUGGGCUACAGCGCCGACACCAAGUACCUGAUCCGCUUCCAGGACUACCACCGCAAGACUCAGCUGAUGGAGUCUGUGAGGAACAUCGCCCUGGAGAGGACGUCCAACCGGCGCCAGCUGGGCGCCGCCAUGCGCUUUGUGGGUCAGAACGUCUUCAAGCGGGUCCGAGCAGGAAUGAUGAUGAGGAAGGUGGCCGUCUUCCUCUCCAACGGGCCGUCGGCGGAUGUCGGCGACAUCGUCACCGCCGUGAUGGAGUACCGGGCCGUCGGCAUCGUGCCAGCGGUCAUCUCUCUGAGGAACGCUCCGGCUGUGGGUCGGGCCAUGGAGGUCGACGACUCGGGAAGCUCCAUCUUCAGCGUUCUGGGCAAAGACAUGGCGGCGGACCUGGAGAAGGUCAAGACGUGUGCAAUCUGCUACGACCCCUGCCGGCGCUCGGCGCAGUGCGGCUUCAUCCAGGACCCGGUGCGGCCUCAGGAGGUCGACAUGGACCUGGUCUUGGUGGUGGACGGCUCCAGGGAGGUACAGGCCGACGAGUACGCCGGCGUGCAGCAGCUGCUCGGCUCGGUGGUGGAGCAGCUGGUCGUGAGCCCGCAGCCCCGCAAGGCCGGUAACCAGGCCCGGGUGGCCCUGGUCCAACUGGGCGCCCAGGAUACCACGGUCGGGUUUGGCCUCGGGACCUACCAGACCAACGCCCUGAUGAGGAAGCACCUGAUCCGGAACAUGACGCAGCAGGGAGGCUCCUCGGCGCUGGGCCGGACGCUGGAGUUCACCCUGAAGGAGGUGCUGCUGAAGGCCGGCCAGCCGCGCAGGAGGCGGGUGCUGCUGGCCGUGGUGGGAACCCCGACGGCCCGCGAGGACCGAGCCAAGCUGCGCUACAUUUCCAAGAAGGCCAAGUGUGAGGGGGUGGCGCUGUUCGUGGUGACGGUCGGAGAUCGCUACGACCGGUCGCAGGUGGAGGAUCUGGUCAGUCUGCCGGUCCACCAGCACCUGAUCCACAUCGGGAGUCUGAAGACUGGCGAGCAGCUCUACGCACAGCGCUUCUUCAGGGUCUUCCUCUCCGCCCUCAGCAAGGGAAUGAACUCGUAUCCUCCUGCGUCCUCCAAACGGACAUGUGACCAGCUGACGGGACAAACCGGAGGACAGACGUCCAUCAACGGUCAGGGGACGGCAGUGGUGGACUGGAAAGAGUUCAAGGAGGAGGAGGAAGAGGAGAGCUUCCAGGAACAGACCAGAGGACAGACUCAGACCGGCCAGCUGGACAUCGUCCACAGUCUGACUGGCGGAGACGGACAGAGACUCAUCGCUAACGAUCAAAACCUGUUGCCGAGUCCUGAGCUGGCCAGCUUCUUCUCCAAAGAGCGCUGUCUCCUCAGCCAGGACCAGGGCGGCUGCCAGAACUACACCAUGAUGUGGUUCUUCGACAGCCAGCAGGAGGCGUGCUCUCGCUUCUGGUUCGGCGGCUGCGGCGGCAACGAGAACCGCUUCAAGACGCAGGACGAGUGCGAGAACCUGUGCGUGGCGAAGAGCCGAUGAGGUGUCCGGACGGGCUCUCUAGUUUCACAAGGCUUCCCGUGUGUUCGAUUCCCUCAGAAGUCGCUGUCUUAACCUUUGACCUCUAGCAGCAGAACACUGUACUGACUUCACUGUAGCUGUUUUUAUGUCUUGGUACCCCUGGUCUACCUAGAGGACCCCUGGUCUAACUAGAGGAUCUUGAACUCUAAAAGCUUUUCAUGAAGAUCUGAAACGUUGUGACCUUUUAUUGAAUCGUUUCACUCCAGAUGUGUUUGUUUAUUUUAUGACAUCACAAAGAAUAAAGAUAUGUCCUGAGUUUGAAUAAAGCCAUUUUAAUGUGAUCAUAAACAGAA